CCCGCCCGGAAGCGCCUCCUCGGCGGGGCUCCCUCGGCGCGGCUCCAUGGCGGGGCCCGGCCGCCCUCCCGCCGCGGGCGAAGCCUCCUUCGGGCGCCAGCAGCCCCGGGCGGGCCCCGCCGGUAGGACUCUGAGCAUGGGCAGAGCGCCUUGGGCGGGACGCCGGGAGAGAAGAGGGUCAGAAGCCGAGCUCGGAGGGCGGUGCUCCUGAGCGCGGGCAGAGCGCCUCCCUUGGAAGCGGCUCAGCAGGAGCUGCCUGGAGCGCUGCCUCGGCAAGAACAAGGAGGGUCUUGGUUGUAAAAAGCGCUUGAAAGGAAAGAGGCAGCCGAGGCUCCUGCGAGAGAGGAGGAGGAAGUCCCCGCUGGACUAGUCCUUUGCUUUUGACUGCUUUUGUAUUCCCAGGGAGUUAAAGGGGGCGUUAUUUUCAUUAUUAACUAAAUUAGUACAGCACCCUUCUUCCAAAACCCCAGGGCGGUUCUCCCCACUGAAUCCCCACAACAGCAGCCCUGUGAGGUGGGUGAGGCUCCCCAGGCCAUGCCCCUUGGGGACUCCACCAGAAUCUCUCUCCAGGCCCGAGCCUGAAGCUCUGACUCAUGGGUAGGCAACCUAAGGCCCAGGGGCCAGAUCCGGCCCAGUCGCCUUCUAAAUCCGGCCCGCAGGCAGUCCGGAAAUCAGUGUGUUUUUACAUGAGUAGAAUGUGUGCUUUUAUUUAAAAUGCAUCUCUGGGUUAUUUGUGGGGCAUAGGAAUUCGUUCAUCCCCCCCCAAAAAAAAAUAGUCCGGUCCCCCACAAGGUCUGAGGGACAGUGGACUGGCCCCUGCUCAAAAAGUUUGCUGACCCUUGCUCUAACUGCUAGGCGUCUCUCCUGUUUUUUCCAGGGGGAGCCAUAAAAGUCGCCCCUUAUCAUAGUCAAGGCAGGUGUGUGUUUGCAGCUGCAAGCAAAAUGAGCAUCCCUGGGGUGGGGCUGGGCAUUCCCCCCCCCCCCCAGUCCCAGAUCUUCCCUCUUAUUCCUUCCCCUGUUUGUAAGGCUUCCUUCCUUCCUUGGCUUCCUCCUCCAGUUGGAUCUUCCAUUGCACCUGAGGAGGAAGAGGCCAACCCCUUCUCCUUCAUGGAGUUUGUGCGGAGCAAGAACCAGUAUUUGGCAGCCCCUGUCCUGGAGGAAGCAAAGGGGCUGAGCGGCGUUGCUCUGGCCUCCUCGGGGUCAAGCACCAGCAGCCCCAAGGUAAGGCCUGGGGGGCAAAGCGGGCGAUGGGGGGCACUAGGAAUCAAGGGGGCAAGUGGCUCAGUCCCCCCCCCCCCGAGGAACCUCCCACACCUCCCCGCACUCACGGGCCUCCCUCUUUCCUGCGCCACAGGUGGGAAGAGUAGUGGCUCUGCAGAGAGAAGGCUACUGGCGGAGGAAAGGGGGGGCGGGAGGAGAGACCUGCCCCAGGUGCCAAGGGGCUGCGCGGUGAGAGGGGGGUGCUGCUGUCCUGCAUGGCUCCUCCUUUCCCCCCUCCUCCUCCAGCGGUGGGAACGCUGUGCCUGUGCUGCCUGCACCCUCUCAGGCUGGCCCCUACAGCCCCCUCUGGGAGUCAAAGGCAGGGGAGAGGGGAGUGACACACACACACACACACACACACACACACACACGGUGUUUGGGAGCUGCAGCGGAGCCGCUUCUCUCUGGGCUGCUCUUAAGCAACUACAGUCAGGUAUCCAUGGGUUUCUUUUCCUGAGUGAUGGGCUGCGUUUUUCAAGUAUCCCAAGGCUCUUCCUUAGGCUGAGAACAGAUUUCGCCCCUUUGACAUUUUAGGAUUCCUCCAGGUUCUCACUCCUCCUGGGCGACAGCACCUCGUCCCCUGGGUCUUUGGAUGUGGCCUUCCACAAGCUGUUUCCCCCGAACCCAAUGGCAACUAACUCCUCGCUGGAGGAUGAAGACGAGGACAGCGAAUGGAGCAGCACCUACCAGCCAUCAGCCGUUGAAGAGGCCCACCUGGGCAGGAUGCCCAGCACCUCCCUGGACAGCACCCGUGACUCUCUCUGCUGCAAUCCCUCUGACCUGUCUGAGCUCCAGAGGUUUACUCCGUGGAAGCUGGGGGCCAAGGAGGAUCAGAGCUUGCCUGUGGAUGGAGCUGCCGGGGGGGACAGCUUUUAUCUGCCUCCUUGCCAGCCGACUUACGAAGAAGUGAGGAAGAUGGGAAUCUGAAUUGUAGGCUGCUUGGGUCUCUUCCUAAUGCUCCUCCUUCCACGUCUCCUGAAUGAGCUGGGAGGCCAGGAUUGCUCCCUGGCAAAUGGGUCUGCUUCGAGGUUCCCAGGCUGGGCAAGGGAAGGAAGUGUUCUGUAGCCCUUCUUAAUUCCUGCCACCCAAUUUAUUUUUGCCGCCGCCCCUGUUGGAGGCAGUAAUGCUUCUGAGCUCUUGCUCCAGUCCUGUUUUGGGGCUUCUCGUUGCGGCAUCUUGGUUGGCCACUGUGAGGACAGGAGGCGGGACCAGAUGGGCUCCCUUUGGGCCAAUCCAGCUUAGUUCUCCAUAUGAACAUUUAGUGCAGGCAUAGGCAAACUCGACCCUCCAGAUGUGUUGGGACUACAACUCCCAUCACCCCUAGCUAACAGGACCAGUGGUCAGGGAUGAUGGGACUUGUAGUCUCAAAACAUCUGGAGGGCUGAGUUUGCCUAUGCCUGGUUUAGUGGGAUAGCAGGAGCCUCCCUGCCCAGGGGCAGUCUACCCCAGAAUGCCAGCUGGUGGGAGCACAGCUGAAGAGUUGCUGUUGCACUCCGGCCCCGCUUGUGGGCUUUCCAUUGCGGCCUCUGUGUAGGCUGGACCAUAUGGGCCCCCAGGGGCCUGUGUUCACCUCAGGCUUUUCGGGAGGAGCAGUAUCUCCCCCCCCUUAAUUUUUUGUUUUAUUCAUAUGCCUCUUGAAUGUAACAAAUCUUAUGAGUAGCUUACAAUAAACAUUAAAAUUAUUAAUAAGACUAGUAUUUAAAAACAUCAGAAGGUUAUUAUAAUUAACAGUGAGAGUUGUUCCACUCCCCACUUCCCCCAAAUCACACACACUUUUGAAACUCGCCCCAGGGACUGCUCAAAGGCUACUUUGAGGCCCUGUAUCCCAGCCAGUAACCUGGUUGUGGAAAGAUGGGGUUUUGGUGUCUUAAAGUAGGCUUGCCAUACAUCAGGAAAAUUCCUGAUAUGUCUUGGUUUGUUUGAAAUAUGGCUACCCUAAAGGCACCUUCAACAUCCUGACUUCAUACUGGCCCUCUGGGCUCCAUGAACUCUGGAUUCUUCCUCGGUUCCUUUCCCCCCCUAAUAAUUCAAAAUCCCUUUAAUUUUGCAAACAGAGUCAAACCUGGGUCCUUGACCAAAAAUUUGGAUAUUCAUGUUUUUCUUUAUCCCAAAAUACACAUUGUCUUAAUCCAGUUUCAUCCAAACAACUUUGCUACUGAUAUACGAGGCAAACAUUUGUUCAAUUAGGUAUUUCUUUUGCUCUUCCUUUUGCAGUUAAAAGAAGAAAAUUCCAAGUUUAGGAGUAAGAUCAGCCAUCUUCAAGCAGUUUCUGAGAGUCAGGCAGAGAGGUACACAUACUGUGUUUCUCACAAAAAAUUCCUCCAACAUAGCUAAAUAACAAGCCCUUAAAAAAAAACCAAAAACCCAAACCUCGAAAAGUAUUUUUGUUAUGACUUCAACAGUGAAUCAGUCACUUGGAUUCAUUGAUUAAGAAUGCCUUUAAGUCAUCUUAAAACGUGUUCCCAAUCAAUUGAGCAGCACAUAUAGUAUUAUUUUUAAUAUAAGUCCUUAAUAUUUGCACCUGCAAUUUUUUUGAAUCUCUUGAAGAGUCAUUUUCUCUUGCCUUGAAUGGGCCUGCGGGGGGGGGGGAGAGUCAUCUCUUCUGAGAUGAUGGCUUUCACACUUGCAAAGUAUUGCUAUGCUCUUGCAAAUUUAUACUAAUUGAAUUGGUCCUUUAUCAGCUAAGGUGAUUACUAAAAUGGCCAAUCCCACUGGGAGGCAGUGAGAUGGGGGGGGGGCGCUAAGAGGCAAGGAGGAGGCAGCAAAUCUGUUUUGUUUAAAAGCUUCAAUUGUUAAUUUGUUUUAAAUAGUUUUAAUUUGAUUUUGAAUGAAGGUGCAAUAAAUUGUUACUGUUUUGAACUUUUUUUGUGCUGUUACCUUAGUGCGCUGUGCAAACCACUAUUCUGAAUGAUCCUGUUUAUAGGGUAGGGGCCACCAAGGGGGGAGGAAUAUAUGGAAGCAAGGAGGUGGUGGCCCCCAAAAGUUUGGGAAUUGCUGAGCUAGGGAGCCACCCCCCCCCCCACAAAGGCAAUGCUUGAUUCUCUGCUGUUGCCUUUUGUAAACUAGAAUCAAGCAGCUGGAAAGGACCCUGGAGGAGAGUCGGCGGAAAGAGGAGAAGGAGACGCGGGACUUGGAGGCGAUGGUGCAGCAGGUGGAGGAGAACCUUGAGCUGAUGGCGGUGAGUCUGGCCUGCCAGGGGAGGAAGACCGUGGCCCUCCCAGCCCUGGGAUGGCUCUGUAAUGGGCACUCUUCCCUGUGUCUCAACUGCUGAAUAAUAUACCUGCUUUCUAGGGGACAGUGAUCUCUGUUAUCCUCAACUUGUUUCUGAGAUCUCAGAUGGAAGCAGAUCUCUCUACCUGCCCCCCUCGCUUGACCCAUCUCUUGGUGGUGGUGGGGCAAUGGGCAGCUCCUCCCAGCAGCUCGUGGAGAGGCUGCCAGCCCCAAAGACCCUCCACAGGCCAUCCCCAAAUCAGCCUUACUUCCUGCCCCCUUUGAGGGCUUCUGCCGGCCUGGACGGUGUCCUUGAGAGAAGGCUGCCUUCUGAGGGCCUGGAGAAAGAUGCCAACUGCACAAAAGGUCAACUUUAUCUCAGCUGCUCUGCACUCUUUCCUCUGGUCCUGCGUGUGGCCCCUGGAAAGCUGUGCGAAACGGGAAUGUGAUCCAUCUGUGAUGGAAGCUGACUCAUAACAGCGAGCAGGUGGGGGGAUUCUGCUCCUAGACUCUGGUGGGACGCUGCUCCCCCCCCCCCCCCGUGGAAAGCCCACAAGGAGUGCAUGUGGCUCCAGGCGGCUGGUCGUGAGAGGCCUACUGCCUCUGACUGAUAGCGGGACCUCAGGAUCUCCCCCCCCCUUUUAUUCUUCCGGCUCCAGUGACCAGCCCUGCUCUUCUCUAUUCCAGAAACGGGCCAUGAAGGCUGAAACCAGCACUGUGAAGCUGAAGCAGCACAACAGCCUCCUCCAGGUACGGCCUGGGGGCCUCCUCCGUUGGGUCUCCUUUUCUUCUCAGUCCUUUUUAAAAGCCAAACAUUUGUGUUUCUGAGCACCUGCUAAGGCAAAGCUGAGGAGGGUGGAGAGUUAAACUGGGGGACUCUCCCGCAAGAGGCCAUGAGGGUCACCCACCUGGAGGGCUCCAAAAGAGGAUUAGACCGAUUCAGGGAGGAGGGGAGGACUAAGCUGGCUCCUAGCCAGGAUGGCAGAGGCAGCUUCUGAAUCCCAGUUGCUGGAAAGGGCGAGAGGGGAAAGUUGGCUCUUGCUUGCGGGUUUCCCAUCGUGAGCAUUUGGUUGGCCCCUGUGAGAACAGGAUGAGGAACCAGACGGGCCCCUGGCCUGACCCAGCCGCCAGGCGCUUCUCCUGUUCUGUUUAUGAGGCUGAGGAGACGUUGCAGGUUGAAGGCGAGACACGGCUGAACUUUGCCAGGAAACUUGCCCAGACCACGUGUUGUGUGUGUGGCUAGCUACACGCCAUAAAUUCAAAGCACCUGGCUUCUCCCAAAGAAUCCUGGGAAACGUAGUUUAAGGGUGCUGGGGGUUAUAGUUCUUUGGGGUUAACUACAGUUCCCAGGAUGCUUUGGGGAAAGCCAAGGGCUUUAAAUACACGUUUUGGCAGAAAAAGCAGGGUGAAAAAUGCUUUUUUUAAAAAAAAUAAUUAACCUGCUUAGCAGACUUGCAUUGUUUGCAAUAACGUUCUCAACUAAUCUUGCUUGCUGGCAUCUCCAGGAUCCUUUGAGCUAGCUCCUCUGUGCUUUUUAUCCACAUGUCUCUGUAGCUGGGGGUGGUGAGCCACUGAUGUAUCCCCCCCUCCUGUUUUUUACCUUAAAGGUUCAGGUGGAGAACUACAGGUUAGAAAAUGAAGCCUUGAAAUCUAGCCACUCGGCUAACCUGGCCAUAGUGCAGCAAAAUGCCAGUGCUGCCUUGCAGAAUCUCCUCGCCGUCAUCACAAAGUCCCAACCAUCCAUCAGGUACAUUUCAACAUCCGGCAUCUGUAGAUUAAAAUCUACAUGAACCCCAGUCAACUUGCAACUCAACGAGAGAUAGAUGAGCCAUCUUGUGUGAUGUAAACAAAUGAGUUAAAUGACGCAGUCCAGGCCUUGAGUUAGCACAUCACACACACACACACACACACACACACACACACACAUGCUCUGAGAUAAGGUGCCAGGCAACAUAACAACAUCAGCGGUCAGUGGUAUGACUUGCAGAGACAUUCGCCCUCAUUGUUUCAGGAAUGAGAAGACAAGGAUAACAGUCUCUAGGGCAUUGCUUCUGUCUUCUCCUUGUCCGGUCCUGUUUGACUGAGUCUUUGAGGAUGGGUUUUACUCAGUAGAAUUCUCAGUAGAAUACAGCUAGCAUAGAAUCAUAGAAUUGGAAGGGACCCUGAGGAUCAUCUAGUCCAACCCUCUGCAAUGCAGGAGUAUGCAGCUGUCCCAUGCAGGGAGGGAACCUGCAACUUUGGCAUUAUCAGACCAUGUGUUAGCAGAUCUCUCUGUCCACAUGUAUCUUUAAUUCAGAGACCUAAAGAACUAUACAGUACCAUACUGGCCCAAAUAUAAGCCAUACCCAUAAAUAAGCUGCACCUUUAAAAUUUAGGGGGGGGGAGGAAAAAAAGACAAUACCCGAAUAUAAGCCGCUCCCUUAAAAUUGGGUUACAGGCUGAAAAUUGCUGUGGUUGGUAGAAUUGUAACUCUGAGCCAAUUUAAGCCUUCGAUCUUGCAAGCCAGCAAAAGUUACCAAACAAUCACUGAAAUCGCUAUUCAGUUGCUACAAUUCCGCAGGCACUCACACCUGUAAAUGGCAAAUGUAGAAUAAAAUCCUGUGGGUUAAUUGCACAACAGUCUCAAGCUUGCAAAUCGGCAAUAAAAAAAAAAUUGUUCCAUUUUACCAUAUGUCUGUUUCAGCAGCAAUAUUGUAAAAGCCAAUUUUUGUAAGGUAACGAAUUUAAGCCACACUUUAACUUUUCACAGUCGGAAUUUGGAAAAAAAAAGUGUGGCUUAUAUUCGGGCCAAUACAGUAGUCAGUAGUGUUUAGAUUCGUCUUGCGUGUGGAGACAAGACACACUUGGUUCCUCUGAACUGUGUGGGAGAGGAGUUUUCCCCAUAGCCGAGGCAUCUCUGAAGACUCUGCUGGGCCUCCAGCACACAGCGAGAGAUGUGAUGAACUCCAGCCGACUUCCACAAGCCCCCAACAAGCCGCUUCCUUGAAGACCCUGAAACUUCAAAGCAGCAGCCAUGUGUUAAAAAGGUGAACAGGGUAGAAACUUAGGAAGCUGCCUUCUACAGAGUCAGAACAAUUGGUCCAUCUAACUUCGUAUUGUCUACACUGACUGGCAGCAGCUCUCCAGGGUUUUAGGCAGGGGGUCUCCCGCAGAUUCCAUUGGAAAUGGAACCCAGGACCUUCUGCGUGUGGAGCUACAACCCUUCCCCUGAAAACGAAGCAUGGUUUCAGUCCUCAGCCCUUGCCAUCAAGACAAACUUGGGAAGGGCUGUAGCUCAUUGGGCAGAGGGCUAGUUUUGCAGGCAGACUCUCCCAAGUUCUGCCUCUGGCAUUUUCCGGCCUCCUGUGUGAAAUCCCACAGAGCCACGGAUGUUCAGUGUGGACAAGUCCGAGUUGGGUGGAAACAGGGAGCCCAGCAUUUUAAGUCCCGUUUGUGUCACUAGGUGAGUAUUGUGUUUUUUUAAUGAUCUGUCUGCAACCGGUAUGACAUGCCAAAGCCUUGUAAGUACUUGCCCAGCUUUGAGGAGGAGGCCGGGGGGGGGGGGGGCUUGGACCCUGGCAGCGCCCCCCAGCCCUGCACUUCCCUUACCAUUCAGGAUGGGAGUUACCUGUAUCUGUAAUCGAAAGAGAUGGAAGUAAUAGCUUGGGCUUCUCUUGAAUUGUGUGCUAGGAAUGCAGCUCAGUCUCUGCUCCACUUUAUCCAGGUUCCCCAAAGUUCACUCAGAUGUCCAUGUCUGCGUAGGCCAGCUUCUAUUCUGAGCCAAAUGCUUUCAUGGCCUCCUUGAAAACCUGCCAAGGGUGCAGUUGGGGAUAAGGGAGUUGCCAGUAAGCCCACUUAUUGCUGUGCCAGGUUCAAUAGGCCCAGGGUGCCUCAGGGAGCCCCUGAACUCUUCUAUCCCAGACCUUUAUGCCCCAGCUUGAUCACCAAGAUCAUCUGCAGGACGGCUGUUGGGCGUUCCUUAGUUGGUGAGGUUCAUUUGACAGCAACAAGAAACUGAGCCUUUACUGUCUUUGGUCCAGUCCUGUGGUACUCUCUGCCACUGGAGAUUCAGCAAGCCAACUUUUUCAAUGCCAACUUUUAAACGCCUGCUGAAAACAUUUUUGUUCUGCUAGGCCUCCAUGGACAAUUUAGAAUGCAUCCUUCUACAGUGGUUAAUGGAUGUUUGUUUUUAACUUUUUUGUGGUUUUUAUUGUAUGGUUUUAUGUUUUUAUUGCUGUAAACUGCUUUGAUAUAUAUCUUUAUGAUACAGUGGUCAUACAAAUAUUGUUAUAAAUAAGUAAUUCCUGGCCUAAGCAGUCACUCUCACAUUCAUCCCCCCCCCUUUCUUUCUAACAACCUCCUGCUUUCAUUCCAGGCAGCUGCUCUCUGGCGCGAAAGAGCUGCAGGUGGUGGCUGAACUGCUGAAGUCACUGGACAAAAUCUCCGAGAUACCACAAGGGUCUUCCUAAACAUUGUGGCACAGGACUUAAGCAAAGGCUUAAUUGGGAAUUGGGGUUUGAAAGGGGGGUGGAGGAAGCCCUUUUCCUGCCCAGGGGCUACAGGACCUUGUGAAGGAUCAUCAUCGGUGGGGGCAAAGCCACCUGUGUGUCUACACACCUGUGCCCAACACCUCCAGAUGUUUUUGAUGCUGAGACACAUCAUCUUCCUCGCUGGUCUCUGCCAUCACUCUCCAGUUCCUCACUGGGUGCACCUCCUGGCUCCUCUCUCAUACCUUUGCAUCUGCUUUUUCAGCUCUUGCCUCCCCCCUGCCCCCCCCGUGGGCUUCUCUUGUGACUGCAGUCUGCUUGCCUUUGUCACUGAAUGCAUCCUUAUGUGUUUCUGGCUUCUAGUUAGAGAUGACUGCUCGGUAAAGACCCAGCAUGAAAACACUAAAACCUUUUAGAAAUUCUGUACAGGCGACUCCCCGUUUACACGGGGGUAACGUUCUGGUCCCCUGCACGCAUAAGUGAAAUGUGCAAAAAUGGGGGGCACCGUGCUGCGACUUCAGCUUGCAAGGAGCUCUUUCCCAGACCCUAAAGAGGAUGCCCUCUGGGCUCCAGGGAGUCUUUGUCGGCUGGAGGUGCAUUGGGGUUUUGUAGAGGCUCUUCAGGUCUCUCCCCCAUUGGGUUUUUGGUGCUACGCAUAUGCACAGUUGUGCAUGAAUUGAACACACUUAAAUGGGGGGGGGGGUCCUCUAUUAUAAAAAUUACAGCUUGCAGCAUUUAAAGAGAAUCCUUCCUGGCAGAAAGAGAAGCAAAGAUAAAGUUACACAGCUUGUAAGCAAUAGCUCAAAACAUGACAAUCACAUAAUCUGUUAAAAUUGCAGGGGUUUAAAAGGCCUGGAAGAAUUUUAAAAGAUAUAUUUAUAUGGAAGAUGCAGGGAAGGUGUCAGGCUUUGAAGAGAGGUUGGUAACCUUUUGCUUUAAAGGAGCAAUGCAAGGGAGUUCCAUUAUCACAUUUUUAUAUAGCAAAAGUUUUGGAUUUAACAAACGCUUCUUGAAUGCCUAAUUCUGAAGCUUUCCUCCUAUCCUUCUAGGAUUAAUAAUAGCAUUAUUUUCAAAAUAAAAUCAAUUUAUAACUGCAGAGCACUCUUUUCCUGUUUGGUUUUGCUAUAAUCACACACACACCCUUUCACAUCUUUCAGUUAGUAGGCAGGGUAUAUAUACUCAUAAGUGAAUAAAUUAUGAGUGCAGAUUCUAGCCCUUCCUGGAAUAUCUCCCCACCCAGGAGCAGAGAUCCAGGAGCAGGCUGCAGAUGUUUCUCUUUGCCUUUUGGUUAUAUCCUCAUUAAUAGCUGCUGAAACCAGUGACACAAAAGCCAUGUAAAAAGAAAAAAAUUUAAAAUCAGAGAUGAGGUCUUUUUUUUUUAUUAUUAAAUAUUUUAUUAAGGAUUUUCUUGUUUUACAGAAGUAAGUGUACUGCCUCGUAUAUAUAUUUUUUUCAUGUAACAUUUUUACAAAUCCAUUUCAUUUGUUGAGGCAUUAGGGGGGAGAAAAAAAAAAAGGAACAAAGAAUGGGGGGGGGAGAGAGGGAAGAUGGAUGGGGGUGGGGUCGGGUGGCGGUGUUUCUAUUAUGUUUAAUGUAUGUAGAGUUUGGUGUCAGCGUUGCUUGUGUUGUUCACUUGUGUUCCUUUGGUGGUGAGAGAGGUUGGGGUUGGCCUAGGGUGUGAUUGUCUGCUUGUGAUUGGCUGUGGUGAUCUUUGUUUUCGUGUGUGAGUGAGGUGGGUGGGUGUUUUGGAUCAGGUUAGCCAUAUUGAUUUGUAUGCUGUUGGUGGAUUAUUGUCAUUGUCCUGUUGGGCUGUGUAUGUGAUAAAGGGGAGCCAUACCAGGGUGAAGACGUCUUCUUCUGUUUGUCCCCGUGUCAGUUUCAGUUUAUUAGUUAAUUUUUCUAGUAGGGCUGUUUCCCAUACUAUUUGGUACCAUUGGUCCAUGUUUACUCCUGACAGGUCUCUCCAGUGUCUGGUUAUGGUGUUUCUGGCUGCUGAAAGUAGGUGGGUUAUGAGUUCUUUGUGGUGUAAAUGGGCAUUGUUGUCUUGGAAGAUGUUUAGUAGGGCCAAUUCUGGGGUGAUGUCUAUUACUUGCUUAGUUAUUUUACAUAUUUCUUGUAUGGCUGUUGUCCAGAAUAGUUGGAUUUUGGGACACUCCCACCACAUGUGGAGGUAUGUGCCUGUGGAGGUGCACCCUCUCCAGCAUUUUGGUGAGGUUCCUGGGUGUAUUAGCGCUAGUUUCCUUGGUGUUAGGUACCACCUGUAGGUGAGUUUCAGUGUGAGUUCUUUUCUUUUCGUUGAUAUGGAUUUAAAGGGGGGUUAGACCACAUUCUGGUCCAUUGAGUGGGGUUAAUCUCAUAGCCUAUGUCAUUCUCCCAUUGUUUUUUGAUUGCAUCUAGGGAUUUGCGGGAUUUUGGAGUAGUAUUUUGUAUAUUGCGGAUACCGUCCCUUUACCGUUUCCUUUUGUUGUUAGGAGGAGGUUUUCGAAGGUUGUCAGGGGCCUAGUUGCUGCUGAUUUUACUGUUGGGUUGUUUAAGAGGGCAUGUAGUUGGUGUUGUGUUAACCAGGGCAUUUGGGUGUCUUCUAGUUUGUCUUGUAUUUCUUGUGUUGACAAGGGUUUGUUAUUUUUAUAAAAGUCUAUUAGGCGAUAUAAGCCUUUGGUUUGCCAGGUUUUUAUCUGGAGGUUUUGUGCUGCAUGGUGGAAUAAUGGGUGGUACGCCAGGGGGAUUAGUGGGGAUGGGGUUGGGGAUAGUUUGCCUAUUUGUGUUUUCCAUGCUUUGAGCAUGGUCUGUGUGUACCUGUUAAGUGUUGUGGGAAUUUUCUUUAGUUUGUUUGGGAGGAAUGGGUAUGUUGUGGUGCAGGUAUUUUCAAUUGUGUCCCUCUCUAGGUGUACCCAUUGUUUUGUCUCAUCUUCUAGUAUAUAUGGGAUUAUAUGGCGUAUUUGGUUGGCAUUGUAAUAUGCUUCUAUGUUGGGGAUUCCCCAUCCUCCUUCUGAGGUGGGGAGGUGCAGGUAUUUGAGGCUUAUUCUUGGUUUUUUAUGUGAGAAGAUGAAAGAGUGUAGUUUUCUCUGCCAACUGCGAAGUUGGGUUGAGGGGAUCCAGAUUGGGAGGGUUUGGAAUAGGUAGGUUAGUUUUGGGAGUGUGAUCAUUUUGAUCAUGGCUAUUUUGUCUGAGAGAGUGAAAUUCAUGUUAUUCCAUCUCUUUAGGUCUUUGUUAAUUUGUCGCCACAGGGGCUUGUAGUUGUGGAGGUACAAUUUAUUGAGGUUUCUGGUUAUUUGUACCCCUAGGUAUCUGAACUUGGUGUGGCAAAGUUUUAUUUUGGUGACCUUCGUGAGUUCUUUUUGGGUGUGAGGAGGGGUGUUGAAGCACAUAGCUUCUGACUUUGUAAAAUUUACCUGUAGGCCCGACACCAUUGCAAAUGUGUUGAGUUCUCUGAUUAGGGAGGUUGCUGUGCUUAUGGGGUCUGGUGUUGUGACCAUUAGGUCAUCUGCAAAGAGCCCUAAUUUAUAGGUUCUGCCUUUUAUUUCCACUCCCUUGAUGUCUGUGGCUGCUCGGAUGCUGAUUGCUAAGGGUUCCAGAGCCAGGAUAAAUAAGAAGGGAGACAGUGGGCAUCCUUGUUUCGUGCCUCUUUGGAUAGCUAUAGUAUUAGAAUCCAUAUUGUUAGUUCUGCAUUUUGCUGAGGCUUGGGAGUAUAUUUGUUUGAGAAUUUGUAGGAAGUUGGGGCCAAAUUUCAUGUUAGUUAGUACUGCUAAUAUGUAUUUCCACUCUAAGCAAUCAAAGGCUUUGAGGAUGUCUAGGGACAUAAUUGUCAAUGGGAGUUUGGUUGCCUUGCUGUGUUCGAUCAGGUUCAGUAGUUUCCUGAUGGGGUCUGUUAUAUUGCGGCCAGGGACAAAGCCAGUCUGGUCUGGGGCUACUAACUUGUGUAGGAAGGUUUUUAGGCGGUUGGCCAAGAUUGAUGUGAAUAUCUUGUAGUCUUGGUUUAUUAAUGAGAUUGGGCGGUAUGAUUCUACUUUGAGGCUGUCUUUUAGUGGUUUUGGGAUGGAGACUAUUUUGGAGUGGGUCCAGGUUUUGGGGAUGGGGCCCCCUUUUAUGAUGUCGUUGAAUAGGCGGGUCAUGUAGGGCAUCAAGGGUUCUUUGAAUUUCCUAUAGAAUUCUGCUGUGAAGCCGUCUGGGCCUGGGGCUUUGUGUGGUUUCAGGUUUUUGAGGACCGCAUCUAUUUCCUCUGGGGUGAUAGGGCUGUCCAUGAAUUCCUGUUCCUCAUCAGUUAGGGUAGGCAUGGACAGUCCUGCUAGAAAUUUUUGAUUUCCUUCUCUGGUGGGUUAUGGGAGGUGUAUAGGUUGGAGUAGAAUUCUGCAAAUUCUGAGUUUAUUUCUUCGGGGAGAAUGUUAUGUUGCCGUCUUUUUGGUGAUGCAGUGUAUUCUUGUUUUGAGUGCUUUUUUCCUGCAUCUAUUUGCUAGUAAUCUGGAGUUUUUCCUCCAUAUUCGUAGAAACGUUGUUUAGAGUAUAGAAUGUUGAUCAUUGUUUUGUUAAUUUCUAGGGAGUCUAGUUCUCUCCUUUUUUGUUCCAUAAGUUUGAGGAGUUUUUAGAUCCUGUUUGUUUGUAGCGUGAUGAGAGGGCUGUGAUGUCUUGUUCUAUUUUGCUAAUUUUUGAGGAGGUUUGUUUUUUAAGGAAUGUUUUCUCUUUUAUGCAAGCUCCUCUGGUGACCGCUUUCAUUGCGUCCCAUAGGAGGGGGGUUGUUAUAUUGUUUACAUCGUUUUCCUUGAAGUAGUUUUGGAGGGUUUUUGUGAGACUCUCUCUAAUUUGUUUGUUUGUAGUUAGGAUGGGACUGAAGGACCAUGAUGGGGUGGUUUGUGUUCCUUCUCCUAUUUUAACGAUGACUUCUACUGGGGCGUGAUCUGUGAUUUUAAUGUUACCUAUGUUUGUUGAUUCCACUGAGGGGAUCAGACCCUGUGUGAGUAGAAUGCUGUCCAGUCUGGAUACUGUAUCAUGGCGUCCCGAUUGGAAUGUAUGGCUGAUGUCUCCCGGGUUUUGCUCACCCCAAAUGUCGUAGAGACCCCUGCUUUUUAGCAUUUUUAGUAACUUGUAAGGGUUCCUAGUUGUUGGGGGUUUCCUUCGGAGGAAGGUUGCCCAUGGGGUUGUAGGGUGGAUAUCUUUCAGGGCUAUGCCUUUCAUAUUUAGAUUGAGGUCCCCUCCUAGGAUUGCUUCCCCUUCAGAGAAGGAGAGGAAUUUGUUUAGUGUCUUCUGGAAGAAUUCUAAUUGUUUCGUGUUUGGGGCAUAUAUGGAGCCAAUUGUCAGUUUGAUUUUGCCAUCUAGUGUCCCUUUAGCGAAAAUGAAUCUGCCUUUUUGUCCUUGAGGACUGUUGUGGCAGUGAAGUUCAGGUCUCUACUGAGUAUUAUGGCUACACCACGAGCUUUCCCUGAGCCUCGUGCGACCCACUGUUGACUGAAGCGGGGGUCGCUCAGGAGUUUGCUGCCUUUGGGUGGGUUGUGUAUUUCUUGUAGGAAGGUGAUGUGUGGUUUCAUGGUGUUUAUGUAUGAGGUGAUGCGUUUUCUUUUGAUGGGGUUUCCCAGCCCCUCACGUUUAAUGUAAUUGCUUUUAGGUUAGCCAUCUUGCUUAUCUAUUAUGUGGGGCGAUUCCCUGCCAACCCGUUUGGGUUGUCUUGUAUCUCUCUCUUCGUGUUGUUUAAAGUACCAGUGGGGUUGCGCUGACCUAGGGUGUGGCGGGUGGGGGGCUAAUGGGAUUAGAGUAAGAUUUGGGUUAAAGAGUAGGGGGUAAGUUGUAGAGAGUUUCCUAUAUGUAGUCAUAUAGGUGUUUGUUUGGGGUAUUUUAGGCCAUCUGGCAUUUAGCCGGUUGGUCCUAGGUCUCAGCUGGUGUGGAAGGCCGUGUUCAAGGACAGGCCAUCCCCCCUGUUGUUUGCGAUAGGGGGUGAUCAGUGAGACAGUGUGAAGUGACUUUGUAACGUCGCUGUCAGGUAUAAGGUUCGUAAGCAAUGUUGCCAAUGUUAUGAGCAACAUUGUUGGUGUGUUGGGGUGGGGAUGUGGGUGCUGGUACGCUCUGGUGCCACCAUAGUGCUGGUUGGGUAUCAGAUUUUAGCCUGACUGUGGGUUGUGUUAUUAAGGUUGGAGUUGUUUUUUCUUAGUAUGGGGUAUGGGGAUGUUGAAGGUGUGGGUGAUGUGGAAUGUGGUUGAGGUCGUCUGGACUGGUGUUGGGGCGGGGAUUUCUGUGGGGGUGCGGGGCUGGGGGAGGAUGUUGAUGGUGUUAACGAAAUCGAUGUUGUUGGGUGGAGAGAGGGGGCACAGGGGGGAAUCACCAGUCCUUCAGUUUGUGGUUUUUUCCUGGUUGCUUCAUUCAGCUGGGGUUGUUGUUGUUGUAGGGUUGUCCAUCUGCGAUGAGUUGGUUUGGUUAAUCUUGGUCUGGUUUCUUGUGUCAUAUGGCCGGCGGGACGAUUCUGAGCGUGAUGCUUCUCUGUAUUGGUUUGCACUGUUGUGCCGCUUCUGUUUCUUUUUCUUCUGUACCGUCGUCCAGUUGUUUGCUGUUGUUUCCUCAUGGUUGGGGCUGUCACUUGGUGGGUUUGUCGGUUGCCAUUCCGGUGGGAGGUCGAGUUCAAGGUUCUUUAGUAGUUGCAGGGCCUCAGGUAUGUUGGUAGCCAUGUGUUGUGUUGUAUUGGUUGUUACAAUGAGGCGGAAGGGGAAGCCCCAUCGGUAUUUGAUCCCUGCUUGUUGGAGACGCUGGGUGCAUGGGCGCAAGCUUUUCCUUCGGUUUAGGGUAUCCUGAGAUAAGUCCUGUAAGGCCAGUAUGGGGAUUUCUCCAUAUCGAAGGUUGGUUGAGUUUCUGAGGUGGUACCAUACCUCUUCCUUCUUUUUGUAGCGUGUGAAGCAUACAAUGAUGUCUCUUGGGGGGGCGCUGGGUUUUGGCAUAGGUUUUAGGGCUCUGUGAGCCCUCUCCAAGUCAUCUGCCUCAAGUUUCAGGCUUGGGAUUGUGUUUUUCAGCCAGCGUAUAAUUAGGUCUGCUGGGCUUUUCUCCUCUGUUUUUUCAGGAAAGUUGCGGAAGCGGAUGUUACAACGUCUAUUGCGGUCUUCAAGGUCGGCUUGCUUAAUUUUCAUCUCUCUGUGUUCUGCUUCAAUUUGGUUUACCAGUUCGUCCAGUUUCUUGUUCACACGUGCGUUCUCCUCCCGGUAUUGCUCUAUUAUUCUUUCUUGCAUUUGGUUCUUGUUCUCUAGAGCUUCCACUUUGGAGGUUAGGUUGUUGAUUAGUACCUGCAUGGGAGCCAUUGUGGCCUUCAGUGUUUCUUCUAAUCGUGCUUCUAAUCUUGCUUCCAUUUCCCUCAAAUCUCGUUUCGUUAUUGGGUGGUCAUCAUCUUGAAGGGGAGUUACCGUCUUAGCAUUGUUUGUCAUCUCCCUGGUUGGUGUCAUCUCAGUCUCCCUGAUGGUUUUGGUUUGAGGUUGGCUUGGCGUCCUCUUGGAGUAGGGCGUGUGGUGGUUAGGAGUUGUGGCAGUGGUGAUUCCUGGGUAUUGUUGGGUUGCUGAGCUGAUCAGGCGUUCUUUCUUGGUGGCUUAAACAGAGCGUUUGAAUUAGGUGGUCAUUUGUGUCACUUCUAGCCUGUGUUUUGAGAACUUCUCUAGGGUUUCUGUAGUUGCCUCAGCGGUGCCGCCAAAGCGGGGGGGGCAGGUAAGCAGAGAUGGGUAGACUAACGGGCAGACAGUUCAUAUAAAGGGGGGGGUUAGCAGGUAGAGAUGCAAAAGAUUAGAGGGGUGGGGCCAGGGGAAAUAUGUGUUUAGGAGGGGGUUGUAUAUACCCAAAAGGGGUACUGGGGUCCAGCUAAGGUGGGAGUUGGGGUUGGGAGUGCGCUCAGAAACAGAGACAGACAAAUAGGCUCUAUGUAAAGGGUGGAGGGAGAAAAAGGGAAGAAGAAGAAAGAAAGAAGAAGGGGGGAGGUGGGGGAGAGGGGAGAUUGGAGUAAAAGAGAGAGAGAGAGAGAGAGACAAAAGAGAGUUGAAAUAGAGAGGAGAGAUAGGACAGGAAUAUCAGCGGUAUUAGAUUGCAGCAGUAGUUUUAGCUAUUGUUUGCGGGGCGCAAAGUAUGAUAUGGUGAUAUGGAUGUGUGUGUGUGUUUCCUUUAGGGGAAGGGGGGAUGGAGAGAGGGAGGAGGGAGAGAAAAGGAGAGGAGGAGGGGGAAGGGUGGGGAAAGGAAGGAGAAGAAAAGAGGGGUGAGGGAGGGAGGGUGAGCUGUGGCAAUGGUAUGGGGGAAAAGUCUUAUUUUAAAAGAGCGGGAGGAAGAAAGGGCUCCCCCCUCAGAAACAAACUGACAAACAGGCUAAAAGGGGGGGGGUUGAUUUUAAAAAAUAAAGGGGAUAGAAAACAAUGUUGGGGAUGGAAGGGUGGGAUAAUAGGAAAAAAUAAGGAAGGGUGGAGAGAGAGGAGAGCAAAAAGGGGGGGAAGGGGUUAAAAAGAAAAGGAUUAACAAAACAAACAAACAAAAAAACAAACAAAAAAAAAAAAGAAGGAAAAAAGAAGGGGGUAGUUUCUUCCUUUCUGCGAUCUCCUUUGUUAUGCGGCUUUCCUGUUUUCCUUGCCGCUGGAGCUCCGGUCGGCUCAGCCACGUGUUUUUUCGGAGCCUCUUUUGCCUUCCCUACCUCUCCUCUUCUUUCCCGUCGGCAGAGAUGGGGGCAGCAGCGGUAAAGUUGGGGCUCCUUUUGCUUUUUCUUCUUUUUCUUCCUCUCUCCCCCUUUCUUUCUCCCUCUUUGCGUUAGCUCCACUGUCCUCCUGGUUUUGGAGCUCCUCUCGGCUGUUGGGGGUGUGGUCGGGUGCCUUUCCGGCUCAAUCAAGGUCGUGGGGGGGUGUUUUGGCUCCUUUGAUAGAGGCCCCGGGCACCCCCGAUUCCUCUCCGCUGGCAGUGCUGGCGGCAGCAGUCCUGGGAGCCCGGGAGUCGGCCAGACAGAGCCUUUUACUCUGGCUGGCUUCAGGAGCUCUUUUCUGCUGUUGCAGCCGCCAUGCUGCCUUGCCGGAACUCAGAGAUGAGGUCUUAAAAUAUCUCAAUUGCCUGCAUGAGUUUUGUCGAAUAGGAAAGCUUUUAGCAGACUGAAAUUUUAAAAUGGAAGCUGCCUAUUGAAUUGGGUCUGCAAGUCCUUAAAGGUCUAGAUUUAGGGAAUUUAAAAAAAACCUUGUUCUUCAGCCGAAAGAGGUUCCUGUUAUGAGGCUGUAACGGAUCAUUAACAGUAAAAAAUAAAAAAUGACCAGAAUAAAGGCAUACUAGCCAUUUGAAAUGGUGCUCUUGUGCUCUAGUCAUGUGCUUAUGUUUAUGUGGUUUUCCACAUUUUGCCUCUUUGUCCCUUACAAUUUUUUUCAAACUUUGGAAAGGUUUAUCCAAUGUGGGAGACAGGAAGCUGCCUAUAACAAGGCACAGGAUGUUGUACCAGCAGAGAGGAGGACUCCGUGCUCAACCUUUGCACAUCAGAGAAAAGGUGGACUCUCCAAACAGGCAGAUCAGUCACUAACAG